UGCUUGUUUUUGCUUGCAGAAAUCCGUUAUGCAACUGUAUAUUGGGUGAAAGCUCAGAAGAUAUUCAAGGUCAAAGAUGUAUUGGACAGAAAAGGAGAUGCCUAUGGCUUUUACAAUGACACUAUACAAUCAACAGGAUGGGGAAUUCUAGAGAUCAAAGCAGGCUAUGGUAGUCAGUCCAUAAGCAAUGAAAACAUCAUGUAUGCUGCUGGUUUUUUGGAAGGCUAUCUUACAGCACCACACAUGCGUGAUCAUGCUUUAAAUCUGUAUCCAGAACUAAUUAAGAGUCCUGCAAUUCGGAGUGCAGUUGAGAAGUUUAUGGGGAAACAGGAUAACUGGACAAGACAGCAAAUCAGGAAAAAAAAGAGUGACCCCUUCUGGAGACAUGCUGGCUACAUUACUGCACAGCUGGAUGGACUAUACCUGGGAGCCCUAGAGUGGGCUAAACGCCACAAACAAACGCCACUGAGCAUCUUUGAUGUCCACUUCCUAAACGCAGUUGGUGAUCUGUUGGACCUCAUCCCUGCAUUAUUUACAUAUUCAGCACGGGAACGAUGCAUUACUGACUCUGGAGACCGUAGGAAAUAUGAGUGGGACAUGGGUCACUGCUCUGCUCUUAUUAAGGUUCUUCCUGGCUAUGAGAACAUCUACUUUGCUCAUUCCAGCUGGUUCACAUAUGCAGCAACGCUGAGAAUAUAUAAACACUGGGACUUCAAAAUAGCUGAUUCAAACACUUAUACAGGUCGCGUCUCUUUCAGCAGUUACCCAGGGUUUUUGAUAUCUUUGGAUGACUUUUACUUGCUUGGCAGUGGCCUGGUGAUGUUGCAGACAACAAACACUGUGCUGAACAACACUCUAUUGAAACAAAUUGUGCCAGAGGCGCUCUUUGCUUGGCAGAGGGUCCGCAUUGCCAACAUGAUGGCAGACACUGGUAAAGCCUGGGCACAAACUUUCUUGAAGUACAAUUCAGGAACUUAUAACAAUCAGUACAUGGUUCUAGAUUUGAAGAAGAUCAAGCUGCAAAAGAGGCUUGAUGAUGGAGCACUCUACAUCAUUGAGCAGAUCCCAGAACUUGUGGAAUAUUCUGAUCAGACCGAUGUUCUCCGCAGAGGAUACUGGCCUUCUUACAACAUCCCCUUCCACAAAAACAUCUACAGCCAGAGUGGGUAUGAAGCAUAUGUCCAGAAGUAUGGGCUGGACUUCUCUUAUGAACUCGCUCCCAGAGCAAAAAUCUUUCGGCGGGACCAAGGGAAGGUGAUUGACUUGGGCAGCAUGAAGUACAUCAUGAGAUACAACAACUACCUGAAGGACCCCUAUGCCCAGCAUAAUCCCUGCAACACCAUCUGCUGCCGGGAAGACCUGAACCCUUCUUUGCCAGUGCCAGCAGGCUGCUAUGACACUAAGGUGUCUGAUUUCCACAUGGCGGGGGCAUUUGCAUCCAGUGCCAUCAAUGGCCCUUCAGUACAGGACGGGCUCCCUGUCUUCAGCUGGAAAAAAUUCAACAAGACCCGACACGAGGGCCUGCCUGAGUCCUACAAUUUUAACUUUGUCACCAUGAAGCCAGUCCUGUGAAGCCAGCAUCACUUUUUCAGGGAAGGAAAGUAGAUUUUUUUCUUCUCCCUGCAAUCUUUUCUUCCCACAUGCAAUGAAACGGCCUGAACGUCCCUACCUUUGUGCCUUAACUGCUCUCUCUCUCUGCUCUUCUGGCUGCUAAAGCUUCAUUCUCCGGGACCAAAGGGGCAAGAUGGUGCGGUAUGCCCAGAUCCUCCCUGAUGCUCAGGUGGCUAUGGCCCAUGCAAAUCACUGGGACUUAGACACCUGAGUGCUCUUCUGGGAUCUGGGCUAUAAGAGCUAUCGUGGGUUAUUCAUGAAGUGCAGUCACAGGGGAGGAGAGGAAAUGGGCACCCAGCAGCAGCAAAUAGGAAGGUUUGCUGGGUUGGUCACUCCACUGUGAAGUGGUGCAGUUGCUUACCUUCCUGUGUAAGGUGCACUGAGAGCUGUGGCUGGGCAGCCCAUUCAAACUUCUAAUACUAUCGCCUGCCCCCCCCACCUCACAGCGGAGGGUGAUUUAACACCCUUGUGAAAAACCUCGACAUCUGUGAAGGGCCAGGGCGAGAGAUACCACUGUUGGUGUGGUAGUAUCUAGGAGCCAGUCAGGGUCCAGGGGCCCUUUGUGUUAGGUACUGUAUGUACACACACAGUCCCUCCCCCCAGAACUCACAGUCCAGUGUGCUAAGUUCUCUUCUGCGUUCUAAUGGGAAAAGGGUCACGUAUUUCUGGUCUUACCUCAAAUCAGCAGAUGCAAUGGGAGUCUCUGGGCUCAAGUCAAGGAUGAGCGAUUUAAACCUAGGCAGAUGUGGUUUGCUGUUGCACACAGACCAGUCACCUAUUCCAAGGGACAUCAGCCCAGGUGUCUCUGAUUUUGCUACAGGCGAAUGCAGUGCAGCCAUGUAAAGGGAGGAAUCCUCCCGGAGCUAUGCACGACCCAGCUGUAAGUGUGGGAAAGAAGGGACUUGUCAGUCCCAGUGCAAGUGGGGACAGGGAGUGGAACAAGUUCACUUUGUAAAGCAAAUGGAAGCGAAGCAACUCAUCAAGAUGCAGAAGAGCAGCCCACAACACAGGGCAUGCAGCAGGAGCUGUUGCACCACCUGAACAGCAGCAAGGGGAUGCAAGCAACGAAACUGGACUUUUCAUUUGUUAUUACUGGGGCUCUGCUGGGCCCAGCCAGACAGUGCUGCUCUUUGAUUUUACUGCAAGCGUUCUUGUGAGCACAGCAAUUGCUUCCCACCUGUGGUGGGUUUGACAUUUGCCUGGUACUGCCUGUGCCCCGAGCCACACGUACGUACAGCCAGUACAAGUGCACAGGCCACAACUUGUCCAGGGUGUGCAGCAGAGAUCAGUCCCAUUUCUACCCACAGUCUCUCCAGCCCAGCACUUACCUCUGUUCCUGCUGUAGCACAUCUUUAAUAAACACUGCUUGGUUUUCUUAGGUGCCA